UGCUCAUCCAUGCCACCUGCCAGUGCCACAUCAGCGCCACAUAUCAGUGCCCAUCAGUGCCUCAUCAAUGCCACCCAUCAGUGCCAGUCAUUGCCACCUAUCAAUGCCAGUCAGUGCCACCUAUCAGUGCCAGUUAGUGCCGCCUAUCAGUGUCAAUCAGUGCCGCCUAUCAGUGCCCGUUAGUGCUGCCUAUCAGUGCCGCCUAACAGUGCCAGUCAGUGCCGCCUAUCAGUGCCAGUCAGUGCCGCCUAUCAGUGCCACCUAUCAGUGCCACCUAUUAGUGCCAUAUAUGAGUGCUGCCUUUCAGUGCCCAUCAGUGAUGCCUGUCAAUGCCCAACAGUGCCACCUACCAGUGCCUCCUCAUCAGUGCCACCUAUCAGUGUCUAUCAGUGCAGCCUAUCAG